GCCGGAGCCGGAGCCCGAGCCCGAGCGCGCAGGGCUCACGGCGGAGCGGUGGCAGGCGACGCACCCAAGGCCCGAGCAAUUCUGCGCCCGGUCCAAGGCCUGUGUUCCGCCUACUGUACACUGACCUAAACGCCUGGCCCGGCUGAUACCCCACCGGCCCUGAGCCCAUCCCAGUCCGGCCUAGCUGAGCCCCUGUGUCUUCUGGCCACAGCCGCCGCUCCAUCCCCAGCUCGGGCCCCGUAUCCAGGCCGCCAGGAUGGACGUAUUCAUGAAGGGCCUGUCCAUGGCCAAGGAGGGCGUCGUGGCCGCUGCGGAGAAAACCAAGCAGGGGGUCACGGAGGCGGCGGAGAAGACCAAGGAGGGAGUCCUCUACGUCGGAAGCAAGACCCGAGAAGGGGUAGUACAAGGAGUGGCCUCAGUGGCUGAGAAAACCAAGGAGCAGGCAUCACAUCUGGGAGGAGCUGUGUUCUCUGGGGCUGGGAACAUUGCAGCAGCCACAGGCCUGGUGAAGAAGGAGGAAUUCCCCACUGAUUUGAAGCCUGAGGAGGUGGCUCAGGAAGUUGCUGAGGAGCCACUGAUAGAGCCCUUGAUGGAGCCAGAAGGAGAGAGCUAUGAGGAACCACCCCAGGAGGAGUAUCAGGAGUAUGAGCCAGAGGCCUAAGGGGCCAGGAGGGCCCCACACCAGCAGCACAAUCCCUUUCUGGUCCUUGUUCCCCUCCCUCCACCCACUCCCUAGCCAGGGCUGUCCUUCUACCCCUUCCCUCCAAACACAAGAUCUUCCUUCACUCCGAGGUGUCCCCUUGGAGCCUGUGGCCUGUUAGUGUCUGUCCAUCUAUAUGUCCUACCUACCCAUAUCCAACCCUGGGGCGUGGACAAGGCCGGGGCUGCGGCAGCUACUAGGAGCCUCGUCCCAUCCUGUCCAGUGUCUGCGUGGAAGUAGCAUGUUCUAUGUGUUUUUAAACGAAGAUCUGAAAGCGACGGCUCCCUACCCUACCCCAACAGAGGUUCUCCGAGCACCACCGCCCCCCACCCCCGACAGCCCCAGAGCCCCCACCCCACUCCCACAUCGACCCCAAGAACCUUUUUUUAACCAAAACCAGGAGCCAGGCUGUGCCAUGCCCCCUCCUCCAGCCGGUCCGGUUCUAGCGCGGACGUUCUGUGUCGUGAUUGUGGCAUGGAGAGUCCCUCAACCCCUGUGUGAGAGUGUUCUGGGUGUGCGGCACAGCCGCUCCCUGCGUGUCCAUCCAUGAAUAAAGUCGAUCUGUCUGUA